CUUAAUUAUCCAACGGAAGUAGUUAAGCUCUGUUUGAGUACGUAAUUAUUUUUCAUUGAUGCACUUGUUCCUAAACAUAGUGGGGGCGUAACGCUGCCACUACCACCACUCUUCUUUUCCACCACACUCAGUACCACUUCGUGCUACUGCGUGCGCGCAUCUUUUGAAUUUUUACGACACCGCAACAUUUAUUAUGGACACGUUUAAUCCAAGUGACAUGUUUACGUGAAUUGUGAAAAUGCGACUGUGGUGGCUUUGUCUGGCGCUGGCACUGCAGAGGACCGCCGCCAACCUGGACCACCUGGAGGUGGAGGUGGAGUACCAGUGCAUCCAGCACUGUCCCUUGCAGAAUCGGACGGAUGCAGGCCAUUAUGACUACGCCUGUGAUUACGGAUGUAACAUCAACGAGUGCAAUAAAGGCUGCAAACUAUGGCACACCGCCCUCAACUCCUCCUGCCAAAAAGUCUGCAACGGCUCCAUGGACCGCCUCACCCCCAAGGAGCUCUACUGCGUCAUGGGGUGCAACGACGCCAUGACCAAGUACUUCUCGCAGCUAAAGUCGAAGCUUCUGACCCCUCCAGCUCCAGCUCUCGUGGCCGACUCUUUGAACGCUACGUCGCUCAAGCUGGAGUGGAACUUUUCGGAAGCUAGGCGGGAGGGACUGGUGCAGCAUGUCCAGUGGCGGUACGAGGAGUUAACAGCCACGUGGCACUACUGCAGGAACGCCACGUGGAGUCACGACGGGACGGUGGUACUCGUGGAGAACUUGCAGCCGUACACGAAAUAUAGAUUUCGGAUCGUGUUGAUUCUGGGCCACCACCAGGAGAACUCCAUCGUGUCGAAUCCCAGUGUUGUCAUAAGUACGCUCGCUUCAGGAAUCCCGGUUUCUCCUCCGAGUAGUGUACGAGUGGCUCCCAUUGAUUCCACACGUAUUAGUGUGAGCUGGGAACCUGGUCCCUUCCCGCACGGUCCACUCCUUUCCUAUGUGCUCCAGAUUACCGAUAAUCAACCCGAUGCGGUGGUACCGCCGGAAGUCAAGGACAUACCUGCCGAGAGCAACUUCUACAUGUUCCGAAACUUACAACCUUCUCGGAACUACACCAUAUCCAUUAAAAUGAGAAACGGAGUCGGGUCAGGCCCUUCCGCUAAAGUAACAGUGUCGACACCUUCUGAACCCUUAGCCAAAGACACCCAACAACCCGUGCUCAUAUUUGGUACCGAACACGGAGUAAUCAAACAAGGGACCAACAUUAUAGACGAACCCGAAAUACUGUACAGUACCUUAAUGACGAUCAAAGGAAUCGGGAUACACAUAAGCAAAAAACUCCUCUUCAUUUCGGAUUCUGGGGGGCACAUAAUGAAGAUGCCUCUGUCGAGGAACCAACAUAACAAUAUCACGUAUAUUCUGACCCCGGUCCAAAUUAAUUUCACCCCUUUGGAGUUAUCGGUUGAUUGGUUGAACGAUCAGUUAUACAUUUUGGGGGAGGUGAAGAUCCAACAACAGCGAAUUUGGCAGAUUGCUAGAUGCGACUUAGGCGGUAGAGGGUUGACGAUUGCUGUGGCAGGUCUCAGAACGGAACCCUACAACGUCGAAGUGGACCCAUACAAUGGGUACUUAUUUUGGGCGAUCCGCGACCACGGCGCCGGCAUCUACCGCCUAGACAUCUCCGACGUAAGCAACGGGAUCAAACACGACGUACGACCCGUACUCAUCUACCAAGACCGCAACCUAGGGGCUUUCACAGUCGACCACACCAACUUCCGCCUAUUCGUGGCAAACGAACGCCAAAAAACCAUCAACUCGGUCUCCUUGGACGGCAAAGAAGUCAUCAACGUCCGCCCCAACGUCAUCACCUCCAAGCUCAAAAACGUCGUCUCUUUAGCCACCGCAAACAAGAAAUUCUACUGGACCGACGGCGACGACAUCUUUUUCGAGGAGUACCACAACUCCGACUACUUCCACAAUUCGUACCCGGAUCUUUCGGCACGAUCGUACAAGAAAGUCAUCAUUAAUUUGACGAGUUCGCAGCCCAUUCCGAGUCCGGUGAACCCUCCGACGAACGUCCAGGCGAUUUUUGGGAGUAGUGUGGCGAAGGUGACGUGGCAGCCGCCGCAUCUUCUGGGGAUUCAAGGGAAAGGGGCGUGGCAGAACUGGUCGUACGAAGUGGCGAUUAAAGAAGUGGACUCGGAGAAGUUCGUACUGCAUAAGACGGUUAACACGACGUCGUACAAGAUUUCGGAGUUGAAGGAAAACACGGAGUAUGUGAUUAAGGUGGCGGCGUUUACGAAGUCGGGGAAGGGGCCGUGGUCAUCGGAGUUCCGUGGAGUGACGCUGAGUAGAGUUGAAAAUCCCGUGAUUUACUGGUCGGCGGCGAAAGGGUUGCUGAAGUCGGACGCUACUGGGGAGAAUGUAGAAACUUUGAUCCACAAGAGUCACAUGAAGAAUUUCUACUUCGUGGAUAUGACGUGGUACAAAGAACAGGUUUAUUUGGUGACGAAUGACUCGCACGUGUGGUGGUACAACACCGAGACACACAAUCAAGGUCAGUUGAUUGACGUUGACUCCGUCGGAAGUAUAGCGGUUGACUGGAUUGGAAUGAAACUGUAUUGGUCGAACCCCAAGCGACAGAUGAUCAUCCGCGGCAAUUUAAACGGCACGCAACAAGAACCCCUCCCCAUUCUCACUCUCGCCAAAGAACUCAACAUUGAUUCGGUCAAGGCGUACCUGUACUGGUCCACAGGGUUCGCAGUACGUUGUGCCCAUUUAAACGGCGCCAAUCCCAUCGAGUACCACCCGGUACAACUUUUCUCGGGACGACAAGUCAUGGGUUUAACCCUCGAUAUUAACAAUAAAUACGUCUACUGGAUAGUGCGAGGGUCAGAAGGCUCAAAUUUAUUCAGAGCCCCGAUGGCAGGGUACUAUAACACCAUCACAGUCGAGAAAAUAUCAAGUUUGCAGAAACCCAACACCCAAGCACCGCUUUGCUACUUCCAUAAGCGGCUACUGUGGUUACAGGAUGAUAAGAAUGCCGCUAUUAGUGAUUUACAAGGGAAGAAUAUUGCUACCAUUAGUGGCAAAAGCAUGUCUGACCUGACCCUAGUGUACGUCGUCGAUUCUUCCCUUCACGUGAUGCCAGAUUCUCAAGCUGAACCUAUAAUCGUUAUUCCUGAAAUGGUGGACCGGAGCUCUGUUAGAGUAGUCGGGCCGUCGAAUUCCUUCAACGUCACGUGGGACCCUGUCAAUAAUGUUAACUACGGAGAAGUUUUCUACGAAGUGAGCAUCGACAGCCUGUCGCGGAACGACUCAACUAUAAUCACGAACAAACCGACCAUCAAAUUCUGGCAAACCGUGGCACCUUUCACCAAGUUGCAUGUAUCGAUUAGAGCUUUUACGUACUGGGGUACUUCGCCUCAAAUUCGUGCCAACGUGUACUCGCCAGCGUCCACUCCUUCGGUACCCAGGAACCUGCGGGCCUACGUCACGCACUCUCACAACGUUAGUAACGACAACAACGUAACAAUCACGGUACGCUGGGACCCUCCACUGUACCCCAAUGGGGUAAUCAACGGCUACAAAGUCCACUGUUGGUACUUGCAAGACUCAGAUCGCAUAGAUUUGUGUGACGACGUAGUCAAAGACGCAAAAGAUCUCCAAAUCGAGCUAAAAUCCCUAAACCAAGGCCCGAUCUACCACUUCAAUGUCCAAGCGUACAACGAAGUCCGGGAUGGCGACUUAUCGUCCACGAUUUCAGUCAACUCGAGCAAAGAAUCGCCGCUUCCACGUCUCCUGAUUGCCUCUUCGGACUCCAUCUUCAUCCAAGACAUCGAUUCCAACACCAACCGGUCGCUUCUUCAAGGCAUCACCACUCCGACUGAAAUCGGGUACUCCAUCAAAGAAUCCAAGUUGUUCUGGAUCGACCAGUGGAAUUCGCUCAUGGUCUUCGACAUGGACACUUUCAACAAAAGCCAAAUCGUCGAUUUGAAGAAAAGUGCCACCAGUUUGACGGUGGAUUGGCUCGAAAGAAGUCUCUAUUACGUCCAAAGCGAGAACGAAGACUCCUGCGUGUUCAAACUUGACUUAAACUAUAGAGGCGUGGGUAAAACGAAGAAAGUGUUUUGUGUGGCUGGAAAAAUCAGCAAGGUUGAGGUUAGCCCCUACACUAGAAAACUCUACUGGGUCGAGAAAUCUAAACUCAUGGUUUGUAACACCGACGGUACUAAUCGGCGCGAGUUUUUCAAAAAAGGACGUAGCAAAAGGUCGUGCAAUUGUCCAGUGGGUGCAAUCGAAGACACCUACACCUUGGAUCACUCAACUGAGUCUAAACCCAUGUUGAUUUUCGUCGAUUCGUCGUCUCAGAAUAUCGUUUCAGCGGAUAGAGAUGGUUGUUUGUGUGAUGUCGUUGCCAAUAAUAGCGUAGGUGUCACGCUUCCUUUGGAACGGAUCAAGUCCGACUUUGGAACUUUGUAUUGGACGAGUCAAGGGUCGCUUUACGCUUUGAAGAAAAACGAGACCAAUGCGGUAGCGAAAAAGGCCAAUGUUCACGACGUUGUUAUUUUUGGACCACACGUGCAACCCUUUCCCCCGAAGGAGUGUCUCAAACCUAAACAAAAUAGAGAGUUUAGGGUGAAACUGAAACGCAGAACUUCCAAUUCGUUGACGUUGAGGAUGCCAGAGGUACGUCACGCUUGUGAACACACCUCUAUGCCCACGGUUGAGUACCGGAUCUACUACAAGCAGCAUGAUGAUAGUACUUCGUGUGAUUUGGGUUGCAACGUUUCUGUCACCUUUGAGAAAGAGUACACAUUACAGAAUUUGAAGCCUUUCACGAACUACCAAGUUGCGUUGGCUGUUAGUAACUACUACAUGGAUGAUGAGCAAGUUGUGGUGGGGCCUUCUGUGGCCUUCCAGACCGCUGUCGGAGCCCCUUCUCAACCCCAAAACGUUACGGCAACUGUCCUCAACCCUACAACGGCUAAAGUAACCUGGUGGCCCCCUCAACAAUUCAACGGAGCCUUGGUUCACUACGAAAUUUACUGGCAAACCGAACGCAUUCUCUCCGGGGUACGCCAAAAGGAACAACCAAACGUCGAACAACAAUUCUCCCCAAACUCCACCCAAAUUCUGACUACCAUUCUCAAUAGGUUGUCCCCAAACGAGACUUACAUGAUUUGGGUGCGCGCCUACAGCGAGACCAAUGAAACCUCCAGUGAUAGUGAAAAAGUACAAAUUAACACUUACCCCGAACCCAGUGAUUUAGUUCUAAUGAAUAAGAGUGCGUAUGUUUUAAGACUGACAUGGGAAGUGCAUCCGCACGUCGAGAAUUACAGCGUACAGUUCUCCCCACUCACAUCAAACGAGUGGGAGAACGUGAUUCUCGAAACUAGUACCGACGGGGUACUCAUAGUGAAAGAAAACCUCAAGCCCAAAACCCAGUACAAAUUUAGGUUAAGUCUCUACUUCGAAAACUACCCUGAGGAGUACAUCUGGCCCCCAGAUUCGCGAUUCACGUAUGAAACUCUAGGAGAUAAACCGUCCCCUCCUGGAACUCCCAAGAUCCAGAACGUCAAACCCAACAUCUAUAAAGUCUGGUGGGAGGCGUCUAAAGACAACGGGGCACCUGUAGAACUGUACAAACUAGAAGGUCUCGAAUUGCCUAUCUACAGAACGAAACGUAGCACCAAUCGGACCGCGUAUUUUCACACAGCGCCGUCAAUCGAAGAGGAAGAGCACGAAUGGCAACCUUUUUACAACGGGACUGAAACUUCCUGGAUAAUCGACGGUUUGAGCGAUAAACAUAAGUACGAAUUUCGUGCUUUAGCGUUAAACGCGUACGGAUGGAGCUACCCCAGUGAAGUUAGUACCGCGUUUGAUUUAAACGAAGCGGCCCGAAUGGCUGAAAAGCAGAGCCCCAUGACGCUCAUCGUUGUGGCUAUUUGUCUCCCUGUGUCCGUGUUUUUAGCAAUACUUCUCUGUAUUGUGUGUCGGAAAUGGGGUAAGCCGAAGAAGGUUCAAGUGGUUUCUAUCCCCAGAGGGCCCGACGUUGAGUUGGCAACAUUGAGAGAACUACCAAGACGGGGGAUUCACAACACUAAUGUUCUUUACGUUUCGACGCAGCCCAGCAGCGACGAACUGACGCUUCUGCCACACAUCCGAAGGGACCAAAUCACUUUGACCAAAUUCCUUGGUAGCGGCGCCUUUGGAGAAGUCUUCGAAGGUAAAGCUAGAGGAAUUUCAAACACUAGUGGUGAAACGAAAGUCGCGGUCAAGACUUUGCGUAAAGGGGCAACCGAUCAAGAAAAAACCGAGUUCCUACAAGAAGCUCAACUGAUGAGUAACUUCAAGCAUGAACACAUCCUCCAACUACUGGGGGUUUGUUUGGACAACGACCCCCACUUCAUAAUCAUGGAGUUGAUGCAAGGGGGUGAUUUAUUGACGUAUUUGAGGUCCUCUAGAAACAUAAAUAACGAAACACCCACUUUAACUCUUAUCGAGCUUCUGAAGAUGUGUGUAGAUGUCGCCAAGGGCUGUCGCUACCUCGAGGAGAUGCAUUUUGUUCAUAGGGACUUGGCUUGUCGAAACUGCUUAGUCUCGUCUACAGACUCAGAUCGGAUUGUGAAAAUAGGAGACUUCGGUUUAGCGAGAGACAUUUAUAAGAAUGACUACUACAGGAAGGAAGGGGAGGGUUUGUUGCCUGUGCGCUGGAUGGCGCCAGAGUCGCUUGUAGAUGGCGUUUUCACCAGCCAAUCAGACGUUUGGGCUUUCGGUGUACUGUUGUGGGAGAUAAUGACGCUAGGGCAGCAACCUUAUCCCGCUCGGAAUAACCUAGAAGUGCUGCACUAUGUCAGACGUGGUGGGAGACUAGGGAAACCCAUCGAUUGCCCAGAAACUUUACACAACCUAAUGCUGAAAUGUUGGGAAUUCGAAGCGGAGAAGCGGCCGACGUUCAAAUAUUGUCUGGACGUCCUCGAGAACUUACAUUUCCAGAAACUGCGCAGUCCGUCGACUGGGGCUCACGAGGGACAGUACAUCAGCACGGUCCAAGAAUGUGAUAUUGAGGACGACUCGAGUAAGGAGAAAACGCCGUUUUUGGCGUCCGAGCCGCCGACGACUAUUCCAAAAUAUUUGGAGUUGUUAUAUGAGCCGGAAGCGCCCCUUAACGACGGUUAUGAGAUACCCAAUCAGAUGCUAGCUGAAAGCACGAAAAGUAGUUCCUCUAUAGUGUCCAUACCGAGCGAAGUAACGAAGGUACAAUGUAAUGGAAAAGUGCCAGAAAUUAGAGAUAAGACACUAAAAAAAGUGAAAAUGAACGGGGCAGUUCAUAAAAAUUGCGCCGGACAGUAAAUUGUUGAUUAUGUAUAUAUUUAUUGUUGUAUAGUUUAUUUAUGUUUUGAAAUUGAUACUGUAAAUUGUUAAGUCGACUGUCAGUAUUUUUCAAUCAGAGAGUAAUGUAAAAUUCCCAAGUGCCUGAAAACAGUAUUUUAAGUAGUGUUCAACACCAGAUUGUCUGUCUAGAAUUAAAUACUCAUAAGAUGUACAUAUGUAACAAAAGUGACUAGGAAACGAGGUUAGAGUAAUUUUGUGAUGACCAUUUUAAUAAAAAAUAAAUAAAUAAAAAACU